AUGACUGAACUCGCUAUGGCAACGGCAACAGCAACAGCCAUCCCUAAGUCUAGCCCACUCAAGAAAUCGCAGGAUCAAAGACCUAACGAAGCCGACAUCGCACAAAAGAUACCUCGGCCCAAGCUGCGGCUUCAUGUGCAGGAACUCCGUCAUCCAGCAUCAAGCGCUUUUCUCGCUCUUAUUCCGGAUGUUGCAUCAACGCUCGAUACAGCGCUCGGCAACAUUCCAAUCAGCACACCAGUGCAUACGAUAGCCAACCAGGCAGGAAGCUGUUUUUCCACCCUGUUAUUCCCCCCAACACGCUCCGUAACUCUAUUCCUUAGGGACUUUGAGGGCGUCGCUUAUACAACUGGUAGCGACUUGGACGACGACCAUAAAGAAAUUCACCUCUCGCUUUCAUACGUGCAGCACUGUACAGACGCAUCUGCCAAGGCUGACCCGCUGCAUGAGCUAGUAGGUGUUCUCACCCACGAGCUUGUGCACUGCUACCAACAUACUGCACCCCCGAAGCCGAGUGCUGAAGAGAAUGAGACUGUGCCUCGCCCACCUGGAGGACUCAUUGAAGGUAUUGCGGAUUUCGUUCGGCUCAAAGCUCGUUUGGAGCCACCUCAUUGGAAAAGACCCCAAUCUGCUGCUGAGAGGCCGUCACAAUGGGAUGCUGGGUACCAGAAUACUGCAUACUUUUUGGCAUGGCUUGAGGAUGUGCGAGUUGGUUUGGGGGCGAUUGGUAUGUUGAAUGAUCGACUUUUGAGAGUUGGAUAUGUUGGUGAAAGUGAAGACGAACGAGUUCAGGGUCACAGUGGAUUUUGGAAUGGCUUAUUUGGGGUCGAAGUUGCGGAGCUUUGGGAUGAAUAUGGACAUUAUCUUGAUUCUCUCUGA